ACUUGAAGAAGAACAGGAAAAAGAGAGGCCAUGUGAGCGCCGGCCAUGGUCGUAUCAGGAAGCACCGGAAGCAUCCAUCGGGUCGCGGUAAUGCCGGAGGAAUGCACCACCAUCGGAUCCUCUUCGACAAGUACCAUCCUGGAUACUUCGAAAAGGUUGGUAUGAGGUAUUUCCAUAAGCUCCGGAACAAGUUCUACUGCCCUACUCUCAACAUCGAUAAGCUCUGGUCACUCGUCCCUAAGGAAGUCAGAUCCAAAGCUCCCAAGGACAAAGUUCCGAUGAUUGACGUCACGCAAUUCAGAUACUUU